CACACACACACACACACACGGCGGCAGCAGCCCUGUCGGAUCAGACCGGGCUGACGCUCAGACGGAGGACUUAUAUAAAAGUCCUCCUGGACUCGUUUUAACGUCUAAAAGUGUCUGUAAUGUCGUUAAACCGCCGUGGAACUACUCGAACAUCAGGAUUAUGACACGCUGUGUCGUCUGGAGUCUGAAAACGAUUUAAAAACGACGGAAAGUGACUUUUUUUUUUUUUUUACCUUCGGCUCACAGUCGCGCGACACCAGCGGAGGACGAACGUUGAGGGGAUUUUACGGACAUUUUUCUACUUUUUUCAUAUAAUCUUAGUUUUCUCGUUUUUUCGAGGGAUUUUAGUCUCUUAAACACGCUCGGACCCGUUGACGUGAAGUUAAAAAAGCCACUUUUUGUCACUCCGUGUGCUCUGAAGUCAACAUGCUGGCCAACACGGCGCUGUACGCGGCGAAGAAACGGAAGAAGCCGGUCCAGAAAAUCCCAAAACCUCCACCCCCCGAUGGCACCAAGUCCAACCCCUCCAAACGCCACAGAGACCGGCUCAACGGCGAGCUGGACAAGCUCACCAGCCUGCUGCCCUUCACCGAGGAGGUCAGGGCUCGGCUGGACAAGCUGUCCGUGCUCCGCCUCAGCGUCGGAUACCUGAAGGUCAAGAGCUUCUUCAACGCCACCAUGAAGAAAGGCUCAAACGGCUCCAGCUGGACCGGUGAGCGAGGCCUGAUGUUCGGGGGAAACGGUCCGAACACGCUGCCUUCCUCCUCCACAAGCGUCACUCCUUCAGCCUCCUCCACCGCCUCCACCCAGAUGACAUCCAUCGACGGAGUCAGCUUCUCCGAGGGAGAACUGCUGCUGCAGGCGCUGAACGGCUUCGUGUUGGUGGUGACGGCUGAAGGAUACGUCUUCUACACGUCCCCGACCAUCCAGGACUUCCUCGGCUUCCACCAGUCGGACGUCGUCCAUCAGAGCGUGUUCGAGUUGAUCCACACAGACGACCGAGCUCUGUUCAGACGCCAGCUCCACUUCGCUCUCAACCCCAGUGGAAGCCAGCAAGAUGGCAUCGCAAUGAGUCCCAGUGAGCAGAACUCAGCGGAGAUCAGCAGCAACGUGAUGACCCACGACCCAAAGAACAUCCCUCCAGAGAACUCGGCCUUCCUGGAGAGAAACUUCUGCUGUCGCUUCCGCUGCCUGCUCGACAACUCGUCCGGCUUCCUGGCCCUGAAUUUCCGCGGCCGCCUGAAGCUGGUCCAUGGUCAGAACCGGGUGUCCGAGGACGGGACGUUGAUCCCACCGCAGCUCGCUCUAUUCGCCAUCGCCACGCCAAUGCAGCCGCCAUCCAUCCUGGAGAUCCGCAACAAGACGCUGUUGUUCCAGACCAAACACAAGCUGGACUUCACCCCCAUGGGCGUCGACACCAGAGGGAAGGUGGUUCUGGGUUACAGUGAAAUCGAGCUCUGCAUGAAAGGUUCAGGCUACAACUUCAUCCACGCUGCAGACAUGAUGUACUGCGCCGAAAACCACCUCAGAAUGAUGAAAACAGGAGAAAGUGGUUUCACCUACUUCAGGCUGCUCAGUAAAACCAGGUCCUGGAUCUGGGUCCAGGCCAACGCCAGGCUGGUCUUCAAAGGAGGGAAGCCGGACUUCAUCGUGGCCCGGCAGAAAGCUCUCACGAAUGAAGAAGGCCUAGAGCAGCUGCGCCUCCGUCGGCAGCAGCUGCCGUUCUGCUUUGCAACUGGAGAGGCGCUGCUGUACGACAUCGUCCCCACCAUCGACCCCAACCCCCCGACAUGCUCCGCCCCCAAGCAGAGGAAGCUGGACAGCUACUCCGUCAGCCCAAACUCCAUCCUGGGCUGCAUGCUGAACCAGGACCAGUCCAUCUACUGUGAACAAGACACUGCCAACAACCUCAACUCGCUCAACGACGCCGUCUUCCAGGACACCCACGCCACCGUCAGCGUGCCCGGAGACAUCUGGCUGGAGACCACACCCAAACCUGCGGGAAACCUGGUGAAGUCCGAGGCCACAGUUCAGGACAUGAUGGAUACCCUGCAGCAGAUCCUCGGGGACAACGACCUCAGCGAUGCCCUGGAUGUGGCGCCGGAUGAGCUGAAGAGCUGGGAGAGCACCCUGCUGAAGAUGAGCACCAACAGCUGCGAGAUGAACGAGGACCUGAACGAUAUUCUCAACAACGACAUCCUGGCGUACGUGGAGGAGCAGCUCCAGAGGGAAGGCGGGCUCAAGUUGCCGGAUCAGCUGGACGAUAUCCUCCAAUGCCACUCCACGUUGGACCUGCAGAACCAGAAUCUUGACCAGUGUGAAGAGCAGGACUUUGGCUGGCCUCUGGAGCCACAAGUACCAAACGUAGGGGAUAUGAUCACCAGGCAACCAAAUCCAAUCCUGGGGAUGAUGAAACUGACCCACAUGGAUCUUCCUCAGAUGGGUUCUUCUGGUCUCAACGGUCCGACCCUUCAGCAGAUCACCUCCCAACAAACUCCUGAUGUUCUUGGACAGGGCUCCACUGGCGCUCCAGUUUCCUUCAACCCCACCUUGGUGGACUCUAGCGCUCAGAACCAACUGAGAACCUUACAGGUCAACGCCAAGGAGAACAACCUCAGAGGAUUCUCACUCAGGCAAACCAAUCAGAUCCACCCAAACCAAAUGGCUCCGAACCAGCUCCAGAUGAGGACGCCCAACCUUCAGAUUGGCCUACAUGACCAAACCGCCAAUCCCGUCUUCAAGUUUCAGGGCAACCAGUGGAACUCCUCAGUCCCAAACCAAGCCUUUGUAGAAACAUACACCCAAAAUAUUUCAAACAAACCCGCUUUCACUGCAGAUCCUCCAUCGACCAGCUGCCUGCAGGGACACUUUUCACUCCAGACACAAAACAGUGAGAAUCAGAGACUGUCAUGGCCGCUGGAGCAGCAGCAGCAGCAGCAGCAGCAGCAGCAGCAGCAGCCGCUGAUCUCCAGUGGACACCAAAUGGGUGCCUGCCUCAACCAAAUGUCAGCGUUCCAGAGGAAUCCCGUUCCUGGUGUCGUCGCUGGCCAGAACGCCAUCAACGGCAGGCCCGUGUUCCGGACUCCAGAGACUUCAAACGUAUCGUUUCCCGUUCAGCAGAACAUGGUGCCAACGAGCAGCUGUAUGUUCAGAAACGCCCCCCCUUCCGUGCCUGUAAAUGGCGUGCACCCCAUUCAGAGACUAAACCCCGCCAACAACCAGAUCCCCUCCAAGCCUUCCUGUCUGUAUCAGAGUCUUCCCGGAGGCGGAUCCGUGCUGGGGAGGACGGCCAUCCCGACUCCUGAUGAGGCGCCGCUGUCCUGCCAGAUGAGCGCCGGUCUCGACCCGGACAGCCUGUUGAUACAACAGCAGUUCAUCAACUUCAGUGAACAGACACAGGUGAACAGCCACCCAGUUGUCGGGAACGGAGGUUUCCCCUUCUCGUCCUCGCUGCCCAAUGGGAACGCCUACUACUCAGAGAACAAAUAGGAAUCAGCUGCUGUGAUCUGCGACGUCAGAGGAUCCAAACCCGGACUGCUUAAGACUCCUGUCUCUAAAUGUCAAAAGUGGAGUAGACUGAAGACCAGAAAUGAGCCCGAUGAGGAAAACAGGACGCCUCUCCUUCUCGUCUUUCUUUUGAUUCGGCAGUGAAAACUUUUAAGAGUUCAUGUGUUUGGUUCAGGCCGUCUGGAAGAGAAGAAGAAGAAGAAGAAGAUCAUUUUGGAGUUUGUGUUUCUCAGAGAAGGACUCUCUGGUUGGAGCUGGUUGGAUCGUACCAAAAGAAAAGAAAAAAAACAAAGAACAAAGAAAACGGAUGACCGCCAUCAGUGGACUGUUUUUGAUUUGAGACAACACAAGUAAGUCUUGCAAACCAUUUUCAGGUUGUUUUUUUUCCUACCACAUCGAUGGAUGAUGAAAGUUUGGCUGCAACAGCAUUGUCCUCUUUCUCUUGUGAUUGCAUACAAAUGAGUGUCUUUUGUUUGUCAUCUGGGAAUAUUUAGAUGUCUGGGAAUCAAAAGAAACUCCAGAAAGGAAAGUGUAGAAGAGUUUGAGGAGGUCUUUUCUCUUGUAAAACACUGUAGACAAACCAUGAAACUUGCCCUGAUGUGGCUUGUCCCAGUACAGAUUCUGGCUCAGUACUGCCCCCUUUGGGCCGGAGGACACAACAACACCCACUGCAGCUGCGUUCUGUGGUUGUUUUUCUCCCUCUGGUCACAAGAAAUGAUCCCAUUCAUGCUGGAAACUUAAGUCGGUGUGAAAGUGGAAGUUAUUCAAUCUCAAAACAAGAAGUCAGACCUCUUCUUCUUCUUCUUCUUAAUGGAAUUUUGAUGAUUGUUUUAUCAUCUAGGAGCUCUGUAGUUAUUCACAAACAUCACAGUGCUCUAAGACAGUUUGUUUUACAAGAGAAAAGACGUGAAGGGUGACGAUUAAAAGCCUCCGUGAAAGUUAACAGAAAGAAGCUCCUGUUGAUCCUCUGCCGUCUGCGGUGCACAAACACAAACCUUCCUCCCUGAAAAUCUGUUUGAAUUGUGAGCGCUCAGAAGGAUAAAAUGUCGACCUGUUUUGUUUUAAUUGUGCUGUUUUUGUCCUUUUGAUUAAGUUCAUUUCAACUCUUUACUGUUCCCAGUGAGGGAGAUUAUUUGCUUUGCAGACAGGGUAUAUAAAUAAAACCACGCACAACAGCAACGUCACAACAUCGUCCAACUAACAGACGAUCUUCAGCGUUCAAACACGAGAUGAUUCUGUGAAAAGAGCUGCUCGCUUGUGCCUCUUCGUAUGUAUUUGAAACGCAUUCAGCCCGAGCUUCUUCUGUCAUUGAGCCAGUUUUUCUUUUCUUUGAUAUUUCUGUGUUUUCCUGUUGUGCCUUAAACCGACAGCACUGUUUGAGACUUUAAAGGGACAGUCUGUCGACACUUUAAAACAUUUCCACCGGGAUUUAAAAACAUUUUUUAAAUGAUAGAACCAAAGUUAAACUUCAACAAGCCAACCGUUUUGCACUAUUCCUUUAAAGUUUGCCAAAGCAUAGCGAAGUGAAAAAUAAUCCACAGAUUUGUUUCUGAGCUUUAUCACAAAAAGAUAGCAACGAAAUGUGCACAAAUUAAGAUGAUUUUAGUGAUUUUAAACGGACUGGACCCUCCAGACUUUUCAUUAGAGCAGAAUAGACCCAGUGAGAGUGAAAGCUUUACAGGAGGAUCAGGGCCACCAAGUCUUUGUCUGACCUUUUCUUUGAGCCUUUUCUGAUCGCUGCCUUCACAUUGGAUUAAAAUAAACAGAGUAAUUAACGGCCAGAUGUUCCGUCAUCAGUGUGUGACCCUCUCCCUUGUGUUUCCCGACUCAGACCUCCGUCCUCUUUCCUUUUUUCUGUCUUUGUGGUUUAAUUUAUCGACGUUCUCGCUCAGACCGUCUGGCAGCGAAACACAGAAGUAAAAAAAUGGUUUAAAGGCAGCUAUUGUAUAUUUUUAAAACUGGGGGGGGAAGAACACAAGUUAAACUUCAAGUGCCUUCGAAUUGACCUCUCUGUUGAUUGUCUGUUGAUCUUAAAAAAAAAAAACUCAGCACUUAGAUUGAAACAGAAAAAUAAAGAAAGCCUCCAACGUGCGUCGCUUCAUCAGUACUGAGCCGCGGAAGCUGAACUUCUGUGCAGAAUACUUACAGCUUCCUCUGUGACGUGAAAACUUGAAUAUUUUUGACUUCAAUUUCAAAAAAAAUAAAUGAAGCCAUCUGUGGUGCUUUAUUCUCCAGGAUACCAAAGGGACAAGACAGAAACACACAUCCACGCUUUCUGUCGACUGUCUGAUGGUUCUGAUAGGAAAUGGACCAGAACGAUUGUAGUCGUGGUUUCACAAACUGUGAAGAUAUGUUUAUAUUCACAAUCGAUGCUGCGUUCACGUCACGUGGGAGUCAUCAAGAGUUCCCAAGAACUGAAAUAGAGACGAUUUUAAGGUCAGAGUGCUUUCAUGGAUUUAAAAUAUGUCAAUAAACACAAAAGAAGAAGAAAAGAGAGAAGAGAACAAGCCAUGAAAUAUUAAAUCAUCGGCCUUUCAGCCCCUCAGCUGUGCAGAAAUUACAGACAAAACUUAUUUUUUAAAAUGCAAAACAUGAAAUUAUCAAUCAUCUUUUCAAAAUCCAGAUAUUUUUGAACCACAGUUGUCCAAAGGGCUGUGGUGAAAGAACAACAAAGUAAAGACAGAUGUACUCCAACAAACUACAAUCAGGAAACAAGCUAGAAGUUUCUGAAUUUACGAGGUGCACUCGAAUGCACCGUGAAGUGGGAAAAAUGGUGCCUUCCAUCUGGUUCAGGUUUUGUGUGUUUACAGGAGUGUGUAGUUUGGAUACGGGACAAACCAUGUGACGUGAACGUCAGCAACAACCUGCCCCUUUCUCUGAGAGUCGUUGAGGGGCAUUCUGGGUAAUGUAGUGAACCACUAACUGCAGUGGAAGCAAGGGAGGCAGGUUGAGUUACGACUGUUUUGGCUCAGUUUUUCUUAAACAUGCGGAAAAUCUCAGUUUAAGGCUCAUAAAAAUAUGUUUUUCUUUAAUAUUGAUUGGAAAGAAAAAUUGUAGUUUGUUUACUAAAUGUUCUCUGUCACCAAGUAACUUAAAUAUUACAGUCAAUCUACAUAUUUAAAGGACAAAGUGAUGAUUGCUUCUUAACAAUCCGUGAAAGUUGAGCCAGAAGCUUUUGUCUCCCCAUAUUUCUCUCCUUUGCACCGUUGACGUCUUUUGUGAACUUGAACUUGAGUUUUGACGCGUUAAAGAACAGUAUGGACAGCGUUAUGAGGUGCUAUGACAGAAAUCACCACGUGUGCCUUGACAGCAGAGUCACCAAAAAAAUCUGAAUUAGACCAAAAAUCAUCACAGAUGGAUCCAAUCAGUACAAAAUGAAGCGUUGUCGAGUGCUUUCAUCGAAAUAUAAUAAAGGAAUAUAAAUAUAUAUCUUGUUGCUUGCUUCUAGAGUAAAACAAAAAAAAAGCUUUCUACUUAUUAUUCUUUUAUUUUUCAAACCCAGGAGGCCUAGACUCCACAUUGCAGUAUCUUUGUGUACCUGUAUAUAAUUCUAUAUAUUUGUUGUUUUUAUUUUUCAAAUAUUGUCCUAUAAUGUGUAUUUUAACGUCGUAUUGCCUUAACCUGACUCACGUCUGUCAUAAUUUUUUUUGUACAUUUUCCGCACAGCAUAAACAUAUGUAACCUCUUAUAAUGAUGUUUUCUUUUUGUAUCUCUUCAACUUAUUAUAUUUUAUGGAUUUGCCUUCAAUAUUUUUGCCUUUUAUCAGCGUAUUGAGUGUUUGAUCUUUUCAUGCUGACCAUAUUAAAGGUGAUCUGAUCACACGA